AUGCCGCCGUCGCCGUUGUCGCCACCACCUUCGCCACCGCCUCCGUCUGCAUUGCCAACGUUGCCGCCGCUGCUUCCUCCGCCGCUGCCAACGUUGCCGCCGCUGCUUCCUCCGCUGCUGCCGCCGCCGCCGCCGCCACCACUGCCACCGCUGCUAUCGCCGCCGCCACCACCGUCCGCUCCACCCAGCCUCCAGGUGAGGACGCGCCCGCCUGGGCAAAAGCCGUGGCAAAAGAGGCCGCCCGGGCAAAAGAGGUCUCCGCGGGAGGGAUCCUCGCCGCCGCCGCCGCCGCCGCUGCCUCCGCCGCUGCUGCCGCCGCCUUUGCCGCCGCCACGGCCACCUUUGCCGCCUCCGCCGCCGCUGCCUCGAGACGCGGACUUGGCGGGCACCGGGGCGCCGGAGAUGGAGGCUCCGCCCGAGCAGGUUGCGCCGCCGCUGGCGGAGCCGUCUCCGGCACCGCUGCCUUUGGCGGACGGCCCGUUGGCAGGCGAGCCUUCGGCGGAGGAGCUCCUGCCCGCGCCGCAGGGAGGCGCGAGCUCGCGCCUCGCCUCGCCAAACGAGACGGUCGCUCGGCGCCCGGAGGCAGGCUCGCCCCUCUCGCGCGCGGGCCGCCUCGCGCCUCUGGAGCUGCCCCUUCCCGCCCUCGCCGCCCUCGCCGCCCUCGCCGCCCUCGCCGCCGCCUUGCUCGUGCGCCUCUGCUGCCGCCGCUGCCGCUGCUGCCGCCGGCGGGGCGGCGCCUGGCCGUCGGAUGGCGAGGAGUACGCGGUUCAGAUCCCAGAGGGGCCGGUCCUCGAGAUGACGGACUUGGACGCCGCUUGCGAGCUCGCCGACACGUGCGGGGCCGCGACGCCAGGCCGCCGGCCGACGGUCCGCGUCGGCGACGACGGCAUGCACGGCAUGCACCGCGCGCCCGUCAAGUUCAAGUCAAUCUACGAGGAGAUCUCGGACCCGAACAACCUCUCGGACUGCUCGGCCGAGAGCGCCGACUUCGAGUCCGCCUUUGACGCCGGCGCGGGCGGCGCGGUGCUCUCUGCGAGCGGCGGCCGGAGCAGCAGGAGGCUCCCGCGCAGCGCGCGGGGCGGGGCGUGGGCAAAGAGGCAGGCAAAGGGGGGCGAGAAGUUCGAGAAGAGCUCGCUUCUCAACGACAUGGACGUUCUUGUCCUGUGA